CGCGCGCGCCGCGGUUUGAAGCUAACAUUCCCCGUGGAGCGGGGAGGAGAGAGGCCCGGCUUUCCCCUCUCACCGAGAGCGGGGGAGGAGAGGCUUCCCUCCCCUCACCCCGUGUAAAGUGGGAAGAGGGGGGCGGGUUUAACCAGAGAGCGGGGCCUGAGUGUCUCCACUAAAACACAAGGACCAUGGAUGACAACCUAGAUUUCACCACCGGAGAUGCUGGGGCCUCUGCUACCUUUCCAACGCAGUGUUCCUCUUUACGCAAGAAUGGAUUUGUGGUUCUGAAAGGGCGCCCCUGCAAGAUUGUUGAAAUGUCAACAUCUAAGACUGGCAAGCAUGGGCAUGCCAAGGUUCACAUGGUUGGUCUUGAUAUAUUCACCUCAAAGAAAUAUGAAGAUAUCUGCCCCUCUACCCACAAUGUUGAUGUCCCCAAUGUCAAGAGAAACGAUUAUCAGUUGAUUGGAAUUACAGAUGGCUACCUCUCUCUGAUGACAGAUAAUGGUGAGAUACGUGAGGAUCUGAAGCUAGCAGAAGGUGAUCUGGGAAAGGAAAUAUUACAGAGAUAUGAUGCUGGCGAAGACCUAUUGAUCACAGUUCUGUACGCAAUGAACGAAGAGGCAGCCAUUGGCAUCAAGUCAAUGACCAAACAAUAAACAGGGAUCAAGAGACCAGACCUGACUGCUCAGGCCAAAACCUUGGAUCAUAAUUAGGUUAAUUAUCACCAAAGUAAUGGCCUUCACACCAUGACCUCAUUUUCUUAGAAUUUUUUUUCCAAAUGGCACCAGACCGGACCUGACCUUACUGCCUAAUCAGCUAGCCAGUCGUUGCUGUGGGCUGAUUGGUCUUGUACUAAAUCAUGGGUGUUGGUGCUCCCAAAAAAAAGUAUGGUGAUGUAAUGCUUGCCACCAUCGGUCCUCUUUUGUUAAUAGAACCGGCCUAUAGAGUGAAUUCCAAAAGCUGUCUGCCCAGUGAUCAGUUUGAUGCCCAUCCUCAUUGCUUAGUGAGGCACAGGGCACCCAAAGUAUCGGUAUUACCUCUGUUACACUCCUGCCAACUUUUUAAAGAAACUUUUUGUUGGCUUCUUGCAUUGUAAAACUCUGCUAAUGCAAUGUCAGUGAUUGUCCUGGGCAGAUGGAACAGGUUUUCCAAUUGUUGCAUUGUAGAAGAACACUGACUGGAAUCUAGAGACUGGGCGUGUUAUGCUGCGCAAUUUCACUCGAGGCCUUUGUCACCAGACUGAUGAUAAUAUUCAGUUGCUUCUUACUUUUAUUGUAUUUAUCAUGCAAUGGGAUUAAAAUGAGUGAAGCAUUUCUUGGAACUUGUCUUUGAGGUGCAUUUGGAGUUGGAUUUGUCAGGCAUGAGAUGAAUUGUUGCCAGUGCUGCAGUGAUUUUAUUAAACACUUAUAGAGGGGGGGGGUGGGGUGCUGAAAGUGGAAAUCUUUUCAUUACUUGCCUGUAGCUGUAAUACUCACCAACACACUCCCUUCCAAACCAAAGUGGGUCAGACCACCACUGUCUCCUGUGGCUUCAAAGGAAAAAUUGAUGAGAGUUGAAUUUUCUUACCUGAAAUCCACUAUUGUUUUGCUGAUUUGCUUGGUGUAUAUUUUAACUCGGUGCAGAAUGGAUUACACAGAUGUUCACCAGAACCUUGUUUUCUCAAAGUGUACUCUUCCCCUCUCUCUUGUGAUGUGGAGGUGCCACUGGGUUCCAUCUUUAUUGGCUGCCUGUGGCUUGUUGGCUACUUUUGUUUGUGCUACCUGAAUGCAAUUGAACAAAUAUUGCUUCAUGAGUCUCCUGAAAGUAUGUAUUUUGUGUCUGAGCACUUGGUUGCUGGGUGUUCCACUUGAAAUAUUGUAACAUAAGUUACUCAGUGGGUUGGUGUGUGUCCAUGUGCAUAAAAUAACAUGGUCAAUGAUUUGCAUUAUCUUCAGAAUUAAAGCUGUGGUCCAGGGUUUGUGCUACUUUUUAAGUUUCACUUCCUAUUGAUGUAGAAAUGGUUUACUUGGCUGCAGUUAGUUGGGCCAUAGUUCCAUUCCAUUAUGGCGGCCUGCUCGAAAUUCGAGGACAGUUGCUUUCACAAAUAUUAACUAGGUUAUUUGGCCCUUUUCCCCCAGGGACCUAGUUUCACAUUCAGCUCACGUUUAUGGGCGUGAAAGUUCCUUCUUGUGGAGCAAGUUGAGGCUGGUAGGGAGGGUGCGGAAAGCAACUCUAUUCCAUUCUCAAUGUGUAGGCUUGCAGCAUCAAGCUGCCUAUAGCAAGUAGGAGUAUUAUUCAGGGGCUGGUGUAGGGAAAUGGAAAUGCCACACAUCUCCAUCUGAACAUAGAAUAGUACAGUAUAGAAGCAGGCCACCUGUGCUGACUCUGCUAGACCUACCAGUUAAUCCAACUCCCUUGCCCUUUACCCAGAGUCCUGCAAAUGUUUCCUUUUCGAGCAUUUUAACAAAUUCUUUUUUGAAAGUUACUAUUGAAUCUGCUUCUAACACCCUGUCAAGGCUGUGUAUUCCACCCAACAACUUGCUGGGUAUAAAUAUUUCCCCGCCACUCCCCCAGCCCUCUAUUUUCUAAUUAUCUUAAAUCUAUGUCCUCUGGUCCAACACUCCUGGAAAGUUUCUCUUCACUUACUGUAUCCCAACUACUCAUUAAUUUUGAACACCUCUAUUAAAUCUCCCUUAACCUUUGCUUUAAAGGAAAUAAUUCCAGCUUGUCUGCUGUGCUUGGUGGAGAGAGGUGCUAACAGAAAUAUUUAAUUUGGUCUCCAACAGAGGUCCCUCUCCUAUAGUGUGCAAGAUUUGUUGGUAUCCUCAUGGAUCCCUGCUGUUUGAAGGUUUUGUAAAUAUAGUAGAUAGUGCUUCAGUAAGCAUGAUUGAAUGGAGUCAUUCUCAACUUCAUUGGUGCAUUGAGCUGGAAAUAGAUACACAAAAGAUCUUCAUUUGAUUUCAAAAGACUUAAAUCUGCGUGUAUAAUUCAAAUAGUUGACUCAAAUGCAGUUAUCCAAGUUAUUUUAAGCUAGUUUGAUGUGCUCCACCAGACAGUUUUUGGAAUUGUCUGUAGCUAUAUAUGUAUAUGAUAAACCUACUGCAAUUAAAGCUCAUUUCACUACAAAUCAAAUUCACAUCCACAAUACAAAUACAUCAACAUAACCAGGAAACACAACUACAAAUAGAGAGCAUUUCCUUUCCAGUAAAAGUGUAUUACUUCAAGGUUCAUAGCGAUUUGAUGUUGUAUUGAAGUUUCCUUUGAACUGGGUAUUGGUAUCCUUGCCUGUGUAAUUUGAGCAGCAGGUAGGUCAGGCUACUAAUAUUUCAAGGAUUUUUUUUUUUUAGCAACUACUAAGGGCUCAAAGAGUGAAAACUGUAUUAAAAGCUGUUUAAACUGAACGCCUCUGAUGCCAUUUAUAAAGGAAUGAUGCUAAUGCAAAUAUGAGUUUUGCACAAAACCUGUAAACUUCGAAUAAAACAUGUUCAGAUAAUCUGC